AUGGCUUGGUGUCAUGGUCAAAAUGAGAGGCCACCUCCAAGUUAUAUAGCCAGCAUUCGAAGCUCUUCAGCUAGUUCAGGUCAAAAUGGUGGAAGAGUUAUAAGGAAUGGCGAAGGAUUCGUCUUACCUUGGCUAGGGUUACGAUCAAGAUUAUUUCUGAGCGUUUUCACACCUGCUUUGGCAUCACUUUUGUUUGUUGGCGUUGGAGUCUUGUCAUCCUCUUCUGAUGCAAAUAAGCGGGCAAACGAAACAAAGGAUCAACUCAUGUCAGCCUGUGUGGCUACACAAAAAGCAGCAAGCACUCUUGCAAGUAUGCCAUAUUACUUUGCACAAAAUUUCAAUGAACAAACGAGUGAAGCAAUCGAAAAUACCGUUCAUGGUCUUGCACGGGUACUGUUACUGGCAAUGACAGCAAUCGAGAAGAUCUUGACUUUCAUGGUGAAUAUGUACAAGAGCUUACUUUUGUGCUUCAUUCAACUCUUGGUCAGAGGCUCUCUAGCGCUGCUCAUCUCUGCCGUGGAUGCUAUGUCGGGUGCAGUGAACGAUGCAGCAAAGGCAAUUAGUGUUUCUAUUCAAGGUUCCAUCAACGCCAUCAAUUCUUCCCUUCGAGCUUCAUUGGGUGCUUUGAACGAUUUUGCCAAAUUGUUUCACAAAUCAUUCACCAUACCACAAGUACCUAUACCCGAUUUGAGUGCAUUACAAAACAUUCGAUUACCCAGCGAAAUCGAUGGCGGGUUACGCAAAUUGAACAGUUCACUUCCAACACUAGAUGAUCUAAAAGCAAAGAUUGACGGUCUGAUUCAAGUACCAUUUGAGAAAAUGAAAACAGAGGUCAAUUCAACACUUGCACAAUACGAAUUUGAUCGUUCUGUGUUACCAAUUCCUGCGCAAACUCAGUUGACCUUCUGUCAAGAUUCGAUGGAUUUAACUCCAAUCGAUACUCUUGCAAGUAAAGUUCAUCAUGCAGCAAACGUUGGAAUAGGAAUCUUGGUCAUCUUGGCUCUAUUGGUGAUUGCAUUUUAUAUGCUUUGGCAAUGGUGGGAAUUUAGAAGCCUAAGAAAACAUGUCGAACGAACAAUUACUGCUUUCAAAGCUGGGCAUGAUGAAAAAGAUUCUUCUUUGGCUGCAAUGUCCGAAGAUCAAGCAAGUUUGUUCAAAAUGAUGUCAUUCUUGCAAUUAUCACAACAUGCUUUUUUAGCAAGCAUCUUUUUGCCAAGAGCACAUAGAGUCGGAAUUCGAACUACAGAUGGCAUUAACCGAUUACGUUGGUGGCUUGCAUGGAUAACGCAUCCUUUCCCAUUGGCGAUUUUAGCCAUGGGUAUUGUAGGUUUGUUUGGCGUUCUGAUUCAAAUGGCUGCUAUCAAACUAGGAGAGAAGCAAGUCAAAGGUGAAACGCUGGCAAUGUUAGACGAUAAUGCUGCUCAAUUACAACAAGCCGUCAAUGAUCAUUUACAAAACAUUUCGAAAGAUUUUGCAAAUCGAUCAAAUGCAAUCAUUUUAGAUGCACAAAAUGAAUUGAACAAUGGUUUACUCACAUGGGUCAAUACGACAACUUCAACGAUGAAUUCAACUUUAAAUCAAUUCAUGGAUGGAAUUGCAGAAGUUGUCAAUGUGACAUUUGCUAAUACGCCCUUAUUCACACCUGUACAAACGUUCAUUGGUUGUAUCAUUGGUCAAAAGGUUGCGGGAAUCGAGAAAGCAUUAACAUGGAUACAUGAUAAUGCGCAUGUCACAUUUCCACUCGUAAACGAUACCAUGCUGAUGUUGAGCAAUUCCACCGUUCAAGAAGCAUUACAACCUGCGCAAAAGGAAUUUGCUGGAGAAGAUGAUUCACAGCCGGGGUUGCUAGGGUCAAUUGCGGACGCAUAUCUGAAUCACUUACGAAAACAAAGGACGAUGUUUAUCAUCCUGAUUGUGUUUUACCUCAUCUUGUUGAUCAUUGGGACAAUCUUUGCAAUAUUUCAU